AUGCCUUCGCUCGCCGCUUCUUCCCUCCUCGCCGCCGGCCUGGCGACUUUGGCCCAAGCAUUCACCGCGCCGGGUGCACAGACGUGGGGUCCUCUGCUCACCCCAGAUACCACAGACGCUGUCACUCAAGGCAAAGCAUUCACCGUGACCUGGGAUCCUGAAGACCAUCCGACCGACGGCGUCACCGUCAGUCUCGUGCUCUGCCACGGACCCAGCACCAACUGCGUGCUCUCCGACACGGCCAUCGCGGAGGGAAUCCCUGCCGCACAGAAAUCAUUCGACUGGCAGGUUCCUUGCGACUUGGCCCCAGGCACCGAAGGCACUGAGACCGGCUAUGGAAUGCUGAUCAUCGUCGACGGCACUGGCGAGUUCCAAUACUCGACUCAAUUCUCCUGCCUCGAGAACAAGAGCUGCUCCAGCUCGAGCUCCAGUUCCGGGUCCAGCUCGUCAUCGUCUCCCAUCGUCUCCAUCUCCGCCACCGCCACCAGCACCACCGGCGGCUCGUCCAUCAUCAUCGGGCCCCCAGCAUACCAGACCGGAUCCAACACGUAUGGCGGGUCGGGCAACUCGACCUGGGCCACCACAGCGGUCGUGGCCGGCACAGGCAGCAGCUGGGCUUCCGGCGCCUCGACCGCCACCGCCACCGCCGUCAUGACUAGCUACAGCAGCGGCUACUACAGCACCCUCCCCGGCACCACCGUCAUCGGCAGCACCCUGACCACCGCAGCCGGCGCAACAGUCUCAACGCAGAGCACAGGCACCGCCUCCGGACCUGCGGCCAGCGCGUCUCCCUUCGGUGGCGGCGCAAGCCAGGUUGGCUACAGCGCCGCGGGCCUGGUGAUUGCCGGUGCUGUUGCUGUGCUCGCGCUGUAA